UAAAAAAAAAAAAUAGGAACGAAGGUGUUGUAUGAAUGCUCUACAUUUUUUUUUUCAUUAGAAACUCAUGAACUCUUAUGGUUAGAUAAACUAGGUUAUCUAGCAGAGUUACGUCUGAAGCAAGCAGACAUUGUGGGAAAUGUAUCAGUCGGAAGACUAGCCUUGGAACAAUAACAUCAACCAGAUGGGAAACAGCAGACAAAGGAGUGCAAAGGAAGCUAGUGCAAAACGACGUUUGAGUGAUGGAGGAAGAAUCAAGAAUGGUUUAAGCAGUAGGCAUGAAGAAACGAGGAAGGUGGGUGAAUUGGGAAGCAGCAAGGCAGCGGAAAGUGACCUGGGAUGACAUAUGGUCGAUGGAGCCAAACAGAUUGCCGUUCCUCCUCAGAUCAGUAUAUGACGUGCUACUAAGCCCAACAAAUUUGGCAAUAUAGGGCUUAUCUGGUGAACCAAAUUGCUGGAAAACCAGCAAAGGAGCAUAUAUUGUCAUCAUGCUCCGUGGCAUUGUCUGAAGGCCGGUGUACAUGGCGGCAUGACCAGAUAAUUUCGGUACUUUCAGACUCUCUCGAGAAAAAAAAAACAGGAAAAGACCACCACCAAAGGACAAGCGGCUCAAGUUAAUCAACUUUGUUAGAGCAGGAGAGAGGGAGAAGAGUUGCAGCACUGCAUGGGGAGGGUAGAGGACUUCUUGGCACGACAGGAGACUGGCAAAUGCGAGCGGACAUGAAGACCAGAAUGCAAUUCCUUACAAGCAACUUGACGUAGUGAUCUGGUCUCCGUCAAGUAGGCAGGUCAUUAUAGUGGAGCUGACAGUUCCUUGGGAGGAGAGAAUGGAAGACGCAUAUGAGCGGGAAAUGGGAAAAUAUCAGGAGCUUGUGGCAGAUAUUGUCAGGAGAGAGGGUGAUCAAAAGUAUGGUGUUUCCCAGUGGAGGUUGGCGUGCGGGGCUUUGUUGGACAAUACUUGUGGCGAGCCCUGAGAGUCAUUGGGUUAUUGGGUUGGAAAGAAGAUAGCUCAUAGGACGACUAAGCAGAGAGGUAGAAAUGGCAUCGCUAUGGUUAUGGAGAAGAAGAGAGGGACAGUGGGGAAAACAGUGAGAGACAAUUGUGAAUGUAAGAUCGGUACACAUGCGGAUAGCUGAAUGGUCCCGGGCUGGGUGCUGAUCACCCCAGUCGGCUCACCUCUGGAGGUUGUGGACAGCGCCAAAACAACCGAGGAAGGAGGAUCCACCUGAUGACGGGAUCAUCACGCAUCUAUACCACCAAGAAGUUUACAGAAUAUUUUUACUCCAAUGGAGAAGAUCCCACUCAUGAUUAGAACAGAUAAGAAAUUAAAUGAAAAUACUUUCGGCAAGCUAAGUCUGGAACUCUCUCUCAAUAUAAGAGGUGAAAUAAGUAUUCUCUGAAGGUAUAUAUUCUGGUAAGCGGUUAGCUGCGAUCGAUAUGCUCAUAAUGUCUAUCGGGUGAGACAAUGUUUAUACAUAACAUUUUUCACGUUCAAUCAUUGAUACUGGGAAACUUGAAGAACACAGAAGUUUUUGCAUUUGAUGCAUUUGAAAAAGUUGUUUGUGGUUUUUCAUUAUGAAAUUUGGAUAAAUACAAUGUUAGAUUGGAAGACCAUAAAGCCAUGCAGCUAGCUUGUUUUUAAUCUUCAAAAGUUCAUCUGACGUUAACACCAAAAGCGUGUGCAAUUUUCUCCACAGCCUUAUUUUUAAUUACUGAAGUAAAAAGUGGAUAAACGGGGAAAUUGUCUUCUUGUGAAGGACUGAAAAUUUAUUUGUAUAUAUUUUUUCCUGUUUCUCUCUGUUCCUUUCUGAUUCAUGGGGGUUGUAAGUUGGAAUUCGUUGGACGCCAAUAUGACCACAGACGUUACGAAACAUCACACUGAGAGUCCACUGUUUUUCGUGUUUGCCAUCGCAUACUUUGUCUCGGCCAUGGGCAAUGUGUUGGGAUUUUUCGUUUUGAUGAAGUGUAAAAAGCUUCCGUUGCAGAUCAAAGUGUUGUCCAUCAAUAUGAUUGUUCCUGAUUUUCUUCUGGGCAGCGCCACUGGCAUCGCCUAUGGCAUUCAGUAUGUCUACCCAUUGUCGACAGGGGGCGCAGCAAUUUGUCACGCCAUUUUCGACACAUUGACAACUUUGUCAAUUCUAAACAUCACAGCUUUUGGAGUGGACCGUUUUCUUAGUUUGAAAUUUGCCUUGAAAUACCAGAUUUACACUACGAAAGAGCGAAUGAUAGCCAUGUGUGUGAUAAUGUGGCUUUUUAGCAUCACAUCCGCCGUGAUGAUUCAACUUUUAAAAUCUAAUAAAGCUCUUUUGUUUAAAAUCAUUAUUCGCAGUGUGUUCCUAUCCAUUUAUGUCUUCUCAUAUUUAAUGAUUUUACAUAUGUACCGGAUACAUAACAAGAAAAUCAACGACCUUCAAUCCCUGUCCGCCUCUAGAAUAAUCCACGACCAGAUGAUAUUCAGCAGAAAAAUCGUCCUCAUAACUGGUCCCCAUUUCGUCUUGUACAUCCUGGCAAUUAUAAUUCAUGUCAUCAUGUGCUUCGCCACAGACAUUCCAAUAUGGCAUAUGGAAAUGGUAGUUCUCGGCAUAACUGUAACAACCAUCUUCAUAAACCCUAUUCUGUAUAUCUGGCGUUUCCGAGAGUGCAGAAUUCAGCUUCUUCUGAUGAUUUGUAUCUGUAAUAGAACACGCAGGGAGAAAUUGUUAACAGAGAGAAACAUACUGUAUCAACCGUUUCUGGAAGUUCAACCAAAGGAGACAUCAGACAAAACGCAAGUGAUCUCGACUCACAUGUAACCUUAAUGUGCUUCAUGUCGAUUCUUUAAAUUGAUUUGUCGUGUCCUUCAUGAUCAGAGAUUGUCGAAGAAAAUGUCAACUCCACACAAUAAAAUAAACCUAUUUUAUUGUUUCUGAAAGGUGAUGGGGAAAAAAAACACAGGCGUUUUCCAUAUAUUGGAUGUGAAAUUUUCAAGAAUCAUGCCAAUACUGCGUCGGUGUACAUUUAUUAGUUUUUGAGACAGACGUUCUUUUAAACGAUAACCAAUAAGGCUUUGUCAAAACGCUAUUAUUAAGUAUUUUUUGAUCUUGAAGAGUAUUGCAUUUUGAAUUGUUAUUAAAGUUAUUUAUGUAUGAUUUGCUUAUGUUCAACACCUGGCUGUAUUUUUGUCAGCUCCGAUCCUUGAUGCAGGAUUAAAAGAACAGAAAGCAGCGACUAUCCGAUAAAAGCCGCAAUUUUAUCUAUUAUCAUCAUUAGAGUGGCAAAUAAGACGACAAUUGCCUCUCUAAUAGCAAACAGUAAAACAUAACAUCUAUAAAGGUCUGCAUGCGCACCUUGUAAACAAAUGUUUAUUUUGAGUAGACUUGUGAUUUAAUCGGAUAGUGCAUAUAAUUCUCCAUUUUGUUUGUCUGACAAAAUUAACUCGACGACCUAUGUUUCUUCGACCCUUACAGUAUAUUGUUUUAACAUCGAUUUGUAUCAUUGAGUCCUAGUGCACUCGAGGAUGUCACCGACCCAAUCGUGGGGGAGGAAAUGCAGUCUGGGGGCGCUCGAAAGACUACUCAUUCGGCAACCUAUUAUUAUUCAUAUUAUUAAAUAUUAUGAGUCAGUUGCGAGUGUGCUCCAAACUAAUUAAAGACGUGCAAUUAAUUAACACUCUCGUUUACUGUUGAUCCCCGUUCCUCGCCUCCUUGCAAUAGGUUAACCAGUCCCAUCCCCGAUAUUAGUUUUACCUCCCCCGUUGCAUGUAUCAAACCAAGUCUAAACUUGGAACCAUUUUUAACAAUUGCAUAGAAAAUAAUGUAUACUAGUUAGUAUUUCAGGUCUGAUCUGUUCUUUUAUUGAUUAUUGAAUAUUGUACGUCUUUUAAUGCUAUGAACAAGCCAAACUUACUGAGCACAAUAAAUUUUUA